GACUCCCUCAUUCUCACUGCACGCACGUUGGAUUGCAUUUGGGAAAUAGGCAGUAUUCUGCAUCAUCUUUUUACUCUACUACUUCUGAAAGCAUCAGGAACAAGUCUGCUAAACUUGGUUUGUCUUUCUAAAAUCACCACCUUAGUUUCCUUAUUUAACCCAGAGCUUUUUAACUUCCACCAAAAAAAAGAAAAAAGAAAAUACAGAAUACAUCAUCAAAACAAUGUCUGGUGUAGCCUUAGCUGUGGCUCCUGGGAGUGGACCAGAUAAAGUUUCGAUGCCAUCCUCAAAUCCCGAAACCAAUCCCUUUCUAUCAAAUAAUGAACAACAAACUGUCACUACUGGAAUGAUGGGUUCAUUACGCGUCAUAGAGCUCCAACUAGUAGCCUUCAUUAUGGUCUUCUCUAUCAGUGGACUAGUCCCACUCCUUGACCUUAUCUUCCCUGCCUUUGCCUCUGCAUACAUCAUUGCCCUCUCACGCUUCGCCUUCCCUUCUUAUAGCAAUAUCCGAUCUCACUCAACGGAGAUAUUUCAGGGAAGUAGUCUUUUUCGGCUUUAUGUAGUUUUGGGGACCACAAUUGGGUUAUUCUUACCCCUUGCAUAUGUCUUAGGAGGGUUUGCAAGGGGAGACGAUCAUGCGCUGAGGUCAGCUACUCCUCAUUUGUUCUUGCUCUCAUUCCAAAUACUCACCGAGAACAUAAUAAGCGGGCUUUCUUUGUUUUCCCCUCCAGUGAGAGCAUUGGUUCCCUUGUUGUACACAGUUCGGAGGAUCUUUGUUAUACUAGAUUGGAUGAAGGAUGUUUGGAUUACUAAGACCUUGCAAGUCGAUGCUCCUUCCAAGGAUGUUGCGUGGUUUUGGUUUGGGAGGAGCUUAGCAGUUUCUAACCUAGUGUACUUCUCCAUCAACCUCUUGUGCUUCUUGAUCCCACGUUUCCUUCCACGGGCAUUUGAGAGGUACUUCAGUGAAAGAGACGAGAUCCAAAUGAAGAUACGAGAGGAUAAGCGCCGGACUGCUGCACACACGCCUCAGCCUUCAGAUAAGAAGUCUGACUGAUUUUACAAUCUUUCAUGCAUUUGUCUUAACUUCAAUGUUGUGUAUUCAACCUCCCUUUUCCCAUUUUCCCCUUUAUAGAUUGUGAUUUACAAAGGUCUUGUUGAUCAGCCAAUCAAGCAAUCCUUGGAAAAAUGUACUAACUUUGUUCAGUGUAAGGUUAGGACAAUUCUAAUGAGCAAGUGUAGGAUAAUAAUUUCUGCUUCAAAAAACAGGACAGGGUUGUCCAUUGUAUGAUCCAUGUAAUGUUAAUGCCAUGACUUAGUUUUACAUUUCCCGGGUCACCUCAAACUAGAUUUGACUUAUUAUUGUCAAAGCGAAAAAAGCGAACUUUUGAUGAAUCAAGUCUAUAAUUUCAAAAUCAGAAGGUAUGAGACUAUGAGAGUGUGUAAUAUUAUGCUGAGGUAAACAAUGGCGGAUCCACGUUGUAACAAGGGGUAUAAAUCAACGGAUCCCCAGAAUUUCCGUAUAAAUCUUUUAAAGCUGAAUGUUAUGAUAGAUGAUAGUCUGUGUCUCAGUGGUAGAAGGAAAACAUUCUAAGAUUUUGUUGUUGUAACAAGGUCAUGGGUUCAAACCCCAUUGGCCACUCUCCUAUAUUUUAUAAUACAGUAGUUAAUUUGAUACUUCAUACCAUUAUGCAAUUUUUUUUUUUUUUUUAUUUUAUUUUUUUUUUUUUUUUUUUUAAUUUUUAUCUUAGUUAUUUUUUAUAAGUAUACUAUAUCUUAGUAAUUGUUUUUUAAAAUAAAUUAUCGAUCAAAUGUAUACUUGUCCAAAAUUACAUUGUCAAUUUAUAAGGAGCAAAACAAUAUACUAAAACAUUGCAUUGCAUCAACAAAAUCACUCGUUUUAUUGAUUUGCUAAUCAUUUUUGUGGGAAUUUUUCAAUAUGAAUCUCUAAAAUAAAGUAUGGUUUUAAUUUCAA